GUUUGCCGCUCUGGCGGUUGAUAUUACACAAUGAAGUAUCCCUUUGAGCGGCAUUUCAUUUGCAAGCACAACAUGUCCGGAACUUCGAAGCGGUUCAGCAUUCACAUUGCCAUUUUGGUGGUUAUCGUGACCAUUAAUUUGCUCUUCACACAUGAAGCUAUUGCACAGGAGCAGAAUGCGCCGCCAAUUUUAUAUGUUCGAGAGCGAAAUUGGCGAAUUUCGGAAGCCGAAGUUGUUGGCCAAAUCAUUGACCGAGUGCAUGCCGAAGACGCCGACGGCGAUAGUCUGGUAUUCGGCAUUGAACCACGAUUCCUCGCUCCCGGCUCAAGUCAACAGCAGGCAAACACACCGAACAAAAUACCCUUUCGCAUCGAUGCCGAUACGGGUGUUGUCUACCUCAACGAAAGUUUAGCGGGCCGCGCUGGUGAAAAUUUUCUAAUUUACAUAACCGUCACGGAUGGACGCUACAUUGCAAAAAACGAAGUCUUUAUUAACAUACUUGGAGAGCGCGAAAGCAAUGGAUUCCAUGGUUUUGGAUCCCGUUCACCGCCCUCAAUAUCGAAUGUGGUGCAGAAUAUUUCACAGUAUUUACCCUCAUUUGAUCAGCUGCCCGGAGUGCAGUCCAUAAGAAAUGGCCUGCCAAAUCGAAGGCCGAGCAUCAAUUUGCCACCAGGUUUCCCGGCAAACGUAUUACCCGCAUAUAAUAAUUUCUAUCCACCCAUAUCGACACCGCCUGUGAAGCAGGCAGAAGAAGACAAUACAAUAGAUGUUAAGCCGACUCAAACGCCUAAACAGCCUCAGACCACGAGGAGUACCACUCUAACCAAACUGACCCCCGUUGGUAGUCAUGGAUCAAGCGGACAGGGACAGGGACAGGGAGUGUCUCAGUCAGAGAAACCAACAGAGACCGACACAGAAUCCAAGGAUGAAAAGGGCGGCAACGUGAACACCAUAACGCUAUUCACCAUCAAGUCUACCUCGAUUCCAUUUAUUAUUAUAAUUUGUGGCAUAUCCGCAUUUGUUGCCGCCAUUUUUGGCUAUCUUUGUCGCCGUCGCCUAUGCGCCAUCAGCAAAACGCUGAAAAAGGCCACCGAGAAGGAAGAGCUGGCCAAAAAAUCGAAUGCAAGCAACACACUCACUGAUGACAGUCGCAACUCGAUGGUCCUGCAACAGUGGCAAGGACCGGUCGCCUUCGCCAACCGAUACGUGCCCUGGGAGCGUGAGCAACAGCUCGCCAUAACGUCAAGCCAGCUAUCAACAAAUCCCGCAAAUAGCGUUGAUGCUUCUAUGUCUCCCUCCGAUGUCGGUCAAAGUAGCCCGAGUGCUGGGUUAUCCACAGGUCGUGCCGCUUUGGCAGAAGGUGGCCUUGGCACCGAUCCCAAGGAAGAUCAAUGGGAAUUUCCCAGACAUCGAUUAAAGUUCUUUAACAUACUGGGAGAAGGGGCCUUUGGACAAGUUUGGCGUUGCGAAGCCUCCGACAUGGAUGAUUCUGGAGCGGUUACAACUGUUGCUGUAAAAACACUAAAGGAGAGCGCUGGAGAAGUUGAAAAGAAGGACCUGCUUUCCGAACUGGAGGUGAUGAAGACGCUGGAGCCCCAUGUAAAUGUUGUACGCUUGUUGGGGUGCUGCACAGAUAAGGAUCCAACUUUCGUUAUACUCGAAUACGUGACUCGUGGAAAGCUGCAAACUUAUUUAAGAAACUCUCGAGCAGAAAGGCAUUAUGGAAACACACACGGAAAAUCAAAUUUACUGACUUCAGGAGACUUAACAUCAUUUAUGUAUCAAGUUGCCAAGGGAAUGGAUUAUCUAACCUCUCGCGGGAUAAUUCACCGUGACCUUGCUGCCCGUAAUAUUCUAAUAACCGAGGAUCACACAUGCAAAGUGGCUGACUUCGGUUUCGCGAGAGAUAUCAUUACAUCCAAGAUCUACGAGCGCAAGAGCGAGGGAAAACUGCCAAUAAGAUGGAUGGCUACAGAAUCACUUUACGACAACAUAUUCUCGGUCAAGUCAGAUAUCUGGAGUUUUGGCAUACUGAUGUGGGAAAUUGUGACACUUGGCUCCACGCCGUACCCGGGCAUAUCGGCCGCUGAUGUUAUGCGCAAGGUGAGGGACGGCUACCGUCUGGAGAAACCCGAACAUUGUCGAAGAGAGCUGUACAACAUUAUGUACUACUGCUGGUCGCAGGAUGUCAAUGAGCGACCAACAUUCGCAGAGAUUAUAAAGAUGUUGGAUAAAUUACUUCAUACUGAGAUGGACUAUAUCGAAUUGGAGCGUUUCCCCGACCACAACUAUUAUAAUAUUGUGAAUCUCAGCGGAGAAAAAUUAUAGGACCCAAUUGGAUAUUUUCAAUCCACGGAGGAUCUGUGCACUGCCACAAAGAGCUUUAUUACAAAUAAAUUUAAGAGAGCAAAUAGUAUUUACUACCAUAUUCAAUGAAAUUGUUAAAGUUUUCAAAAAUACAUAACAUAAUAAUAUAUUUAUUUAUAUAUA